GUCAUAGUCGAACGAAUUCCUUGGGCAACACAAAAAGCCAUCAAUACUAACUGGACAUUAGAGACAAAUCUUUUUGUGGGCGGGACUUCGAACAAUGUGCACUUUUUUUCCGCUCUCGCAUCGGUAGCGUUGUUGACAACCAGCAAACAUCAUGUCUUUGACAUUCAAGCUUGGCUCGCUAGCCAUCAGAACGCUUGCAAAGCCACUUAGUAAUUACAUCAAACGAAAUGCGAUGCAACAUGAGAACUUCCGGCGGCUAUGUGUUGGUUUUGCGCAACGAUUGCACAGAGUGGACAUGCGAUUGCGUAUUGGGCUGUUACAAGACCCCGCUGCAAUCGAGAGGCAAAUUCAACGUGAAGUCAAGGAGGCGGAAAAGAGAAGGCUGAAAGAUGCAAUCCCUACGGUCAAAACCGAAGCGGAGACACUCGCAGAGGAGGCAGCCAAGAGUAAAGAGAGGAAAGAGGCAGAAGAGUACGUCAAAGCGACGCUUAAAGCGCCACGUAUACGACCACUCAGCGAGAAUAAAGCCAUAGAAACCGGCGCGAAUUUCAUUGCCGAGGCUUUUUUGUUUUUGGUCGCAGGUGGACUGAUUCUAGCAGAAAGCUGGCGCAGAGACCGCAAGGAGAAGAAGCAAGAUGCUGAAGUCAACGACGCCCUGCUCAUCGCGGAGAGGGAGAGGGAGGAAAUGAAGCAGAAGCUCGAGCUUCUGCAAGCUGAGAUCGAGGCUUUGAUGGACAACAAGAGACCAUUCGACUCUGUGCGUGCCGCCGCAGUAGCGUCGAUUCGUCAGAUUCCCUCUACGCAUCACACAUCAACAAAGUCUGUGAGUAGCGAGACCGGUGUGAAUGGAAAUGAGAAGAGCGCAUCGGGCGCCGCAGGAGCGACAGCAUCACACGCUCCGCCGGCAGAGUCACAGAGCAUUCCGUCGUCACCAGCAAAGCCAUCUGACUCAACCAAAAUGGCGAGAGAUGCUUCGAAUGAGCCAUCUUUAACAAGAUCAUCUUGGCUUCCGAGCUGGCUGGGAGGGAGUAACUCAAAGCCCAGUUCCUCCUGACGCUCGGUCCAGACAUGACGAGAUCUGAGAGCUAUGUAAAUGUUGCUUGUAUAUAACACUCUGCAUCUUUUUGCCCUACAGAGUAAUCGUUCAUGGCGGAUGGUUAAACCCAUCCUGACCAAAAAGAAGAAAAAAAAGAAGAUAAGAAAGAAAUGAAUUCCACUCUGACACAUACAAAUUCGGAAUAGAUGGGUACACGCCGCAAGCAUCC